AUGUUAACAGUAACCCCGGGAGAUGCGACAUAUUAUAAGGUCGAAGCACAUUCCUAUGAACGCAAUUUGGCUUUGAGCAUGACAGGCGCAUUCAAAAUGAGUUCAUUUAAAUUGGAUCCUACGUCUUCUCAAUUUGAAGAAGAUGGUACUCCUUUCUUAGGUAUUACAUUAAGUCGGACCAGUAAGUCGACCGAUUCGCAGGUGAACGUUACUUUAACCCAACGUUACCCUAUUUGGGGUGAGAAAAUGGAUCGCGUUGACUUGUCCACCUGCGAUGUACUCAUGGAAGAUGUUGACUUGGACUCUAAUUUGUAUGAAUAUCACAUCGUUUUUUUUACCAACGUUAAUCAGUCAUUAGGACUGGAACUACACAUACGAACUACACUGUUCACUCAAUUAUUGGGCACCAUACUGGGUGUAGUGCUACUGGCAAUUUACAUACUUCUGAUAUUCGAUUUGGUGCAUCGAACAUUGGCAGGAUUAAUCGCGUGCACGCUGGGUAUCGGUAUAAUGGGUGCUCUACAUAUGAAACCCGAUUUGGAAACAAUAUUUUCUUGGGUACACAUCGAUACGAUUUUGUUGAUUUUCGGCAUUUCUGUCAUCAUGGGUGUAAUGGCGGAGACAGGUGUUCAAGAUUAUCUUGCCGCGACUGGCUACGAAUUGGCUUACGGCCAUAUUUGGCCGAUGUUAAAUGUGUUACUAAUAACUUCGUUAACUUUGGCCAUUUUCUAUAACAAUAUUAUGAUAAUAUUAUUUCUUGCACCUAUUUGCUUGCGGAUGUCCGAGAUAAUGGUCUUAAGUCCUAUACCAGUGUUAAUCUGUUUAACUAUAGCCACAAAUAUUGGCUCCACUCUAACGCCGAUGGGUUCGCUUAGCAAUUAUUUGAUAGCGCAUAGCCCGUAUUUACCUUCUGGAAAUAUUGAUCCCCCGACCUUUAUUUUGCAUAUGCUGCCGGCUACGAUUUUAACGGCCGCUCAAUCGUACCUUCAUUUGCGGAUACAAUUUAUCAAUUCGGAUAAAAUGCGACAUACGCAUACGGCUGAAGUCAGUUUAAAACGUCAAAUACGACUUUGGGAUAAGGCUGCUACUACAGUAGGUGACAUUUCACUGGAUGAGCGCGAUUAUCAUGAGACAGUCAGGGCGCGCGUACGUGCAUUGAAGAAACGUUUAAAACGGUUGGGUAAAAUGCCGCAACCACGAUCUGAUUUCAGAGAGCAACUACAAAAUUUACGGGAUCAUUUUGAAGUUCAAGGAAAAGAUUUCAUUAUCAUUUGCUGCGUGUCGCUAAUAGUCGUACUGUUAUUGUUUUCGUUGCACCUAUAUACCUAUCUUAUACAUGCGUCGGUGGGUUGGAUUGCUAUACUUGCCGCUCUCUUAAUGCUCUCUUUAAUUAAUCCGGAGGAAUUAGAAAGUGUAAUUUCGCGAAUUGAUUGGGGUACUAUGCUCUUUAUAUGUAGUCUCUGCAUAUUAAUGAAUGUUCUCAAACAAUUGGCUUUAAUGAAAUCGAUUGGAACCGGUGUCGGACAAUUUAUAUCCUCAUUCGACAAGGAGAACGCUUUAAUGGUGGCCAUUAUCACGAUUUUGUGGCUCUCAGCUCUACUUACAUGCAUUCUUGACAAUCUACCAGUAGCUGAUUUUAUGCUACAAGUCAUUGUAACACUAUCGGGCGAUCAAAAUUUACCAUUAAAUCCUUUAAUCUGGGCUUUGGCAUUGGGCUGCUCACUGGGUGGUAACGGAACUUUGAUUGGUGCCAUGUCAAAUAUCGCUUGCGCAGGCGUAGCUAAUAGUCAUGGCAUUUCAUUUACGUUCAUCGAUUAUUUUAAGGUAGGCUUUUUGGUAAUGAUAGGCAACCUUAUUAUGGCUUCGACAUAUUUAUUGAUAGCGCACGUGGCUUUCCAUUGGCAUUAA